CCUCACUCUGAGGCAUCUCUGCCAGAGCCCCAGGCUAGAGGGCCAGCGUCCUUGUCACUGAGUCCCUGCUCUGCAGAAACACCAUUUUCUCACACCAAGGUGAGGAUCAUGUCCCUGUUUCCAUCACUCCCUCUCCUUCUCCUGAGUAUGGUGGCAGCGUCUUACUCAGAAACUGUGACCUGUGAGGAUGCCCAAAAGACCUGCCCUGCAGUGAUUGCCUGUAGCUCUCCAGGCAUCAACGGCUUCCCAGGCAAAGAUGGGCGUGAUGGCACCAAGGGAGAAAAGGGGGAACCAGGCCAAGGGCUCAGAGGCUUACAGGGCCCUCCUGGAAAGUUGGGGCCUCCAGGAAAUCCAGGGCCUUCUGGGUCACCAGGACCAAAGGGCCAGAAAGGAGACCCUGGAAAAAGUCCGGAUGGUGAUAGUAGCCUGGCUGCCUCAGAAAGAAAAGCUCUGCAAACAGAAAUGGCACGUAUCAAAAAGUGGCUGACCUUCUCUCUGGGCAAACAAGUUGGGAACAAGUUCUUCCUGACCAAUGGUGAAAUAAUGACCUUUGAAAAAGUGAAGGCCUUGUGUGUCAAGUUCCAGGCCUCUGUGGCCACCCCCAGGAAUGCUGCAGAGAAUGGAGCCGUUCGGAAUCUCAUCAAGGAGGAAGCCUUCCUGGGCAUCACUGAUGAGAAGACAGAAGGGCAGUUUGUGGAUCUGACAGGAAAUAGACUGACCUACACAAACUGGAACGAGGGUGAACCCAACAAUGCUGGUUCUGAUGAAGAUUGUGUAUUGCUACUGAAAAAUGGCCAGUGGAAUGACGUCCCCUGCUCCACCUCCCAUCUGGCCGUCUGUGAGUUCCCUAUCUGAAGGGUCAUAUCACUCAGGCCCUCCCUGUCUUUUUACUGCAACCCACAGGCCCACAGUAUGCUUGAAAAGAUAAAUUAUAUCAAUUUCCCCAUAUCCAGUAUUGUUCCUUUUGUGGGCAAUCACUAAAAAUGAUCACUAACAGCACCAACAAAGCAAUAAUAGUAGUAGUAGUAGUUAGUAGCAGCAGUAGUAGUCAUGCUAAUUGUAUAAUAUUUUUAAUAUAUACUAUGAGGCCCUAUCUUUUGCAUCCUACAUUAAUUAUCUAGUUUAAUUAAUCUGUAAUGCUUUCGAUAGUGUUAACUUGCUGCAGUAUGAAAAUAAGACGGAUUUAUUUUUCCAUUUACAACAAACACCUGUGCUCUGUUGAGCCUUCCUUUCUGUUUGGGUAGAGGGCUCCCCUAAUGACAUCACCACAGUUUAAUACCACAGCUUUUUACCAAGUUUCAGGUAUUAAGAAAAUCUAUUUUGUAACUUUCUCUAUGAACUCUGUUUUCUUUCUAAUGAGAUAUUAAACCAUGUAAAGAACAUAAAUAACAAAUCUCAAGCAAACAGCUUCACAAAUUCUCACACACAUACAUACCUAUAUACUCACUUUCUAGAUUAAGAUAUGGGACAUUUUUGACUCCCUAGAAGCCCCGUUAUAACUCCUCCUAGUACUAACUCCUAGGAAAAUACUAUUCUGACCUCCAUGACUGCACAGUAAUUUUGUCUGUUUAUAAACAUUGUAUAGUUGGAAUCAUAUUGUGUGUAAUGUUGUAUGUCUUGUUUACUCAGAAUUAAGUCUGUGAGAUUCAUUCA